AUGGCAGCAGCAGUAGUUUAUGGUUUGUUCGAUACAACAACUAGAGGCCCUUUCUACAACAGUGUUCUCGUGAGGGCACAAGAAGUAUACAUGCAAGCUACUCCUCUACCGGUUAAUUUCCUUUCACCCUGGGAGGAUGAAGAUCAUCCUGAGAACUUCAUUCCAGGCCCAGAGGACCAGCAUCAACCUCAAAACAAUCUAGAAUCUUGCGAGGAGGAGGAUCAUCCUGAAAAUAUUCCACCACCACAGGAGAGAAUUCAACACAGUGGCCACGGUAAUAUUCUUCAAGCACAUGAAUCUGAUGAUUAUGAUGAUGACGAUGAUGAUGAUUAUGAGUUUGAUGAUUUACAUGGACAACUGGUCCAACUUAAUAAUGGGGAGAUUGUCAGGCUUGGGGAUGCAUUUGCUGUAAUCUCUGAAGAUUUGGAAGUUCUGGGCCAACGAAGUAAUCUGUACCAAGAAAUAAUCUCAGAGCAUCUGCAAACUAGAAAGUACCAAAAACUUGCUAAGCAAGAUGAAGAUCAAGAUGAGGUGGAUGAACUAUGCGUAAUAUGCCAAGAUGGAUUUGAAAGCGAAGACAUGUUGGGAACUCUAGGAUGCCAACACGAGUUCCAUGCGGAUUGUAUCACCAGAUGGUUGCAAGUGAAGAAUGUCUGCCCAAUCUGCAAGUGCAUGGCAAUUCACCAUCAAGGAAACUAA